GGAAGUAUUCCGGAAACUGGUCCUGGAACGUCAUUUCCGUUUUUUAGUUCCUCCAAUCACUUUGUUCCGAAUUCGUCGGCGGUCCUCAUUCAAAACAGUCACCCAGCCCACUGCCGCAAAAUUAUCUCCGACGAAGAAGCUUUUCACUUCACGCAAGCGCUGCUUUCCACAAUGGCAGACGGGGAGGAUGCGGAAUGGGAGCUUUGCAAAGAGAACAUUAAGCCCUUGAGACGAGGAAGGAACAUGUCAGCUUUGCUGGAGGCGCUCAGUCAAACUAAAGAUGGCCCAAGCACUUCCAUCCUCCAACAGAAACAGGCUUUUGAGAAGGAAUUGUGGCUGUACGAUGGAGAUGAUCCACUUGAUGUUUGGGAUCGGUACAUCAAAUGGUCAGAGCAAAUGUUUCCACAGGGAGGAAAGGACAGCAACCUGAGCAAACUGUUGGAACAAGCUGUCACCCGAUUCACAGAUGAAGAGAAGUAUCACAAUGAUCCUCGCUACGUUGACCUCUGGAUCAAAUACGCCCGCUGCUUUCUGGAACGCUUGGACUUUUACAGGUACAUGCAAGCUCAAGGUAUAGGGACAACCAGGGCGGCCUUCUACAUUGCCUGGUCAGAGGAGUAUGAAAACCGUGGCGACUUCCUCAAAGCUGACAUGAUCUACCAAGAAGGACUCAAGAUGUUUGCCCAGCCUAUCGACAAACUUCAACAGUUUCACAAGAUGCUGCAGUCUCGUGUGUCCCGACAGGUGAUAAAGAAAUUAAGUGAGACUGACAGUGAUUAUGAGCUCGAACAACCUGGGAGAGUUUCUCUUGCUGAACUCAAAACCAGAGGAAAGAAGGCAGUCGUGCCUAAAAACAGAACUGGACCCGCAAUAAAAAGUGUCUCAAAGGGACUGAGUUUACGUGUCCCAACUGUUGGCGAAAGCAGUAGCCACAGCAGCAAUAGUAAGCUGGUGGUCUAUGAUGAGAACAAGGCGGAUGCCGCUCCUUUGGAAACUAAAUUUGAGCCUUGGUUGGCUCCCCCUCCUGCUAAGGCAAAAGAAAAUGAGAAGGUUGUGGAAAAAUGGUGUGAUGUGAAGAUGCGCCAGAAGUCCAGAUUUGGAAACACGAUGAUGGAUCCGCCUCCUACUUUGAAACCCACUUUCCAACCAUAUGUUGAGGAGUCAGAUGAGCUUCCAAAAAUGACGCCGUGCAAGAUCUACCCGACGGUGAACAACGUUUUAUCAGCACGCAAGCCCUGCAGAGAAGACACUCCUCUGAAAAAACUGCUGGAGCACAAACAAAGACAGAAAGAAGCCGAAUCGGGCAAAGAGCUGGAAAAGAGCAUGUACUGCAAAGAGCUUCUCUUUAGCGGCACCACCGAAUUUUCCUUGGAGGAGUUGCGUGCUGAGCUCUACUCCCAGACAAAGAAGAAUUCGGAGGCGGGCAGCUGCCCUGACAACCCGCCAAGUGACCCGGCGACAAACUGACAAGGCAAAAGUUUUAUUAGGUACACCUUCAAAUUCUGAUACCGGUAUAUCAAAAGUCAACAUAGUAAUUGCUGCUUAUCCACUGAAGUUACAAAAUACCAAAAAGAAAGCACCGUAAUGACUAAUAUAUCUGAAAUAUUUCACAAGCGACUCACUCGUACUUGAUACAAACCAAUACAAGCGCUGUAUCAGAAAUCACAAUCAAGCUUAGUUAAUUUUUAAAAAUAUGUUUAUUAUUUAUGGCACCAUGGUACUGUGCUCUCUCUUGUAGUUGUUGCCUUUUUCUUUGUUUCUUGCAUUGAACAAAGAGAGCAUUGUCCACCAAGUUAAAUUUUUUGUGUGUUAAACAUACUUGGCCAAUUAAUCUGAUUCUUACUCCUGACUUUGUGGCUUGUAGAAGAAGCGUGUUUCUAAAAUUGUGCCUGUCUCAAGUAGUUUAAUAAAUUUACCAAGAUUUUAGAAACCUCUCUUGGUAUGAUGUUGUUUGACAGUUACAAUAAUAAACAUUAUAGUUAAUCCUCACUGAUAGUGUCAUUAAAUUUUUUAAAUAUUUUUUUAAACAUAUACCCUGCGAUGAGGUGGCGACUUAUCCAGGGUGUAGACCGCCUCCUGCCCGAUUGUAGCUGAGAUAGGCACCAGCGCCCCCUCCUGCGACCCUAAGGGAAUAAGCGGUAGAAAAUGGAUGGGAUGGAUACCGGUGUACCUUUUGAUGUAUCCCAUUCACAUUUAAUAUUCACUUGGGUCCUUUUUAUGCAGUGCUUCUCAUAGUGGGGUGGGUGCCCCUGAAUACGGGGACGGGGGUCAUGCUUUAUCAGUAUCAUACUUCAAACCCUACUUUUAAAAGCUGUGCACUACAAAACUCUUUGAAGCCAUUAAUCCUGACCUUGUCAUUUAAAUAAAAAAUAAACAAAUUAACCCAAAUUGUUCUAUUCAUUUUUGUUUUGUAGUGUAUUAAAUAGAGAAGCACUGCUUUAAAGCAUAACGUCACUUAUACAUCACAUGUAUUUGUUACUAUCAUGUUACACUAGCUUUUUUCGUAGGAAUUAGAAACCUAUUAAGUCUCUGUUUUACACACCAUUGUCUACUGGAAAUGGGAAAUAAACUGCAAAAAAGGUG